AUGUCAUUAAACAUUAUUUCAAAGCUUAUCUCAUCUAACAACCUCUGCAGUCGCUUUUAUUUGCUGUCACGGCAGCGAAAUUGUACCUACAAGUUGCACAUUUCAAACACAGUUCAGUUUCACAGUAACUUAUCAUGUCCUCUGUUGUCUAAAAAAUCGAACUUGACGGAAUCCAAAAUUGUGGAAAAUAAAAAACCUGCUUCUGUACUAUCUGCUGAACAAAAAUUUAAACAGACUAGCAAAGAUGCAGGCUACUCAGGGGUUAUCAUCAUCGGAUUGGGAAUUACAGGUUUCAUGUUCUAUGCUGUUGGUCGGGAGUUAUUUUCAAGCCAGAGUCCAAAUGGAAUUUACACAAAAGCUUAUAAGAUGUGCAAACAGAAUCAACAGGUGCAGGAUAUAUUGGGUGAACCUAUAAGAGCUUAUGGGGAGUUAAAUGGUAGAGGAAGACGAAGAUAUGUAAGGUUCAAUGAAUUCGAGGAGGCUGGAAUUCAGGUGAUGAACAUUGAGUUCUACAUGGAAGGACCUCUCGAAAAAGCCAAAGUAUUUGUUGAAGCAAGACAGAACCACAGAAAAAAAUACGAAAUAUCAUUGGUUGUUUUUGAGAAUUCCAGUUAUCCUCGUCGAGUAGUAACUGUUUACAACGAGAAAGAAAUAAUCACAUCAUCAUCGAAUGUUUGACAUAUUCAAUUAUUUUUCCAUUUUCAGCAGUUUGUUAUACAUCUUUUUGGACUUAAAUUCAAUUUAAUAAAGUUUGAUCAAAUUGAAUUAUUUCAUAUAUUUUCUGAUUUGAUUUAACUGGAUAUCGCAUAUUUAUAUAUUUGUAUAAAAAAAAGUCUGUUGGUAGUAACACCGACACGUAAGUACCUUAAAAAAUAAUUUACAUGGAAGCACAUAUAAAAAAACCCAACAAAAUGCACAUGCACACAUUUACAUUAUUGCAGUUAUAUUAUAUAUUCAUUCGUUUCUCAAGGUAUCUGUUAAGCGAAGUUUCAGCUAAUUCGUUUAAAUAAUUUUUAUUGUGCCUUUUCAACACCCACAUUAAGAUUGAAUUUUAAGAACUGAGAAUUUGCUUUCAAGCUUACGAAAACUUUGAUAAAUAUUCUUGUAAGGCUAGUAAUUAUUAUUCUCUUGCAAAUAGAAUUCUAAUUGUUGUGCCUUGAAAUUUUAGUAGUACUGACUCAGACUCACUGAAGUUCACUCAGUCUGUUUUAAAACAUUUUUUAAAGUUUCAUCAUGCAUCUCUCCUUCGUCUUUAAAUCUUUAACUUUUUAUUAAACUUAUUUGAUUCUAAUGUCAUGCAUUUUUCGCUUUUCCUAAAAUACAAAAGUUGACUAAGCGUAACUGCAUAAUUGACAAAGAAUUUGACAGCAAUGGGGUAAUGACGCUGAUGAAAUUAUUCUGUUCAAUUUUCUCUUCUAUCACUGGUUGAAAAUUUUUCAUUACUGCUCUUAUCAACCAAUGUUUUUCAUGAAUAAGUUAUUAAGCUAUUAUAAGUUAUUUUUUCUGCUUACAUUAUUUUUGGAAUAAUAAACCGAGUGCAAUAAAAAA